GGAAAGAGAAGCUGAUGGGUCCAACACAUCUUCAUGUUACGUAGACUGAACUCUAUUUAAUUUUUAUUUUUUUUUUUGGUUUCUUCAUCUGCUAUAUUUGGACCAGAGGCAAUAUAACUAGGGUGGGGGAAAAAUACCCCCACAAAAGUUCCAUCAUCGGCCAAAAGAUGCUCGGUGCUGAGGGGGAGACAGACUCGGUGGAAGAAAGGCGCAAGUCCCCGCUCGCAGGGGCCGAGGAUCCGGCCUUGAGGAGCCGGUACUCGGAGCACGAACUUGGGCCGGAGCGUUACUUCCUCCCGCCGACGACGCCUAAACCCGGCACGGACACAACCACGCCCUGCUCCUUCCUCCCCUACACCCCCAGCGGGGCCGUCUACGCCCCGUCCAGCACGGCCAGGUACUCGGCGUCUCUUCACCUAGGCUCGGUGGGAUUCCCUCCUCCCACGGGCCCGCGGAAUCACUUCAGCCCAGCCUACCAGAUCGGGCAGAGUCCCGGCUGCCUCUACCCGCCUUACAGCGGCUCGGGCCCGGCUCUCGGCAACAUCGCCAUCCCGGCUAAUGGGCCGAGCAUGAGGGCCCAGGUCUACCUGUGCAACCGGCCUCUCUGGCUCAAGUUCCACAGGCACCAGACCGAGAUGAUCAUCACCAAGCAGGGCAGGCGAAUGUUCCCCUUCCUGAGUUUUAAUAUAGCAGGUCUCAGCCUGACUGCCCACUACAAUGUAUUUGUGGAGGUGGCCCUGGCAGACCCGAAUCACUGGAGGUUCCAAGGGGGAAAAUGGGUCACCUGUGGGAAGGCAGACAACAGCAGUCAAGGGAACAAAGUAUACAUCCAUCCAGAAUCUCCAAACACAGGAGCCCAUUGGAUGCGACAAGAAAUCUCAUUCAGCAAACUAAAACUCACCAACAACAAAGGGACUAAUCACAAUAUUUCACAGAUGAUCGUGCUGCAGUCACUCCACAAGUAUCAGCCCAGGCUGCAUAUUGUGGAGGUGACAGAGGACAGUGUGGAAGACGUCAACACUGAUCCAAAAACUCAGAGCUUCACCUUUCCAGAAACCCAGUUUAUAGCAGUCACUGCCUACCAGAACACGGAUAUAACACAGCUGAAAAUUGACCACAACCCCUUUGCCAAAGGAUUCAGAGAUAAUUAUGAUUCGAUGUACACAGCUCCAGACCACGACCGCCUCACCCCUUCUCCCACCGACUCCCCCCGUGCCCACCAGAUCGUCCCGGGUGCUCGCUACGCCGUGCAGCCUCUCUUCCAGGACCAGUUUGUCAACAACUUUCCUCAGAACCGUUUCUACAACAGCGAAAGAACAGUGCCUCAGACCAGCGGCCUUCUCUCCCCUCAGUCGGAAGACGGCGCCUCCCAGAGGUGGUUCGUCACCUCCAUGCAACAGGGGACCGUCAGCGGCACCGGUCACAAGCUGGACCUGACACCGUACGAGGGGGAGUACUCCAGCUCUCUGCUACCUUACGGUAUCAAAUCCCUGUCCAUGCAAACAUCCCAUGCUCUCGGCUACUACCCGGAUUCGCCUUUCAACAACAUGUCAGCCGGGUGGGGUUCCAGGGCGGCGUACCAGAGAAAGGUGACUCCCGGCCUGCCCUGGUCUCCAAGGCCCAGUCCCACAGCUAGUUUCCCAGAAGACUUGGACAAAGUGAAACCGCAGUUAGACGAUGACGUGAAUGGCGGAGGCCUAAUAUCUUCCUGGAUGGAGGCGCAGCCAUCUUCUCUUUCUCUAGACAAGGUUGAUUCCUAUACAUCAGUCUGCAAGCGAAGGCGUGUGUCUCCCAGCACUGAGGACUCAACCGCCGACAUUAAAUGUGAGGAUAUGGUCUCGGUUGCCAGUGGCUCCUAUAGCAAAGAGGUCCCUUCAACGAAAGCCAUGGCUGCUUACUAUUCUUUUUACCCAAAUCAUUGAGCAUAUUGUCUCACACGUACAGUAUACGCUUUUAUGUUUUAUGCACACACUCAAUUUGUCCAGGUUGUGUUACAUGGUUUCUAUGUUUAUAGUGGCAAACAAAAUAUCAAGAACACAUUAUUUAUUAAUGCAGACAUAAAAAGUCUGAAAACUGCACAGCUAUGACUUUGGACUCAUGUAUUUAACAAUGUUCUGUUAAGUUUCAUUCUGUGUGUGUUACAUAAUCUGCCUUUGCACUGAAGUUUCCUGUUUACAAAUUA